CGACUCCAACGCCCCCUCCCACCCAGAAGCCUUUUGCCUCGCAUCAUACAGCUCGGCAAGAUCAACAAGCAGCCAAUCCUCCGCAAGAUGAAGCACCCUCGGGACCAGCAAGAGGAGGUGUCGCUAGCCCUGUCGCUGAGCACGACGGACUCGUCCACGACGACCUCGGACUCCGCCACCGCGGGGUCCCCGGCGUCGGCGGCGGCGUCCAAUAAGCGGGCGCGGCGGAGGGGGCCGGUGGUGGCGACGUCGGGGGAAGGGGAGUUCGUGUGCAAGACGUGCGGCCGGGCCUUCACCUCGUUCCAGGCGCUGGGCGGGCACCGGACCAGCCACCUGCGGGGCCGCCACGGCCUCGAGCUCGGCGUCGGCGCCAAGGCGCUCAAGCAGCACAAGGCGGCCGACGCUGCAGGCAAGGGCGCCGGCGACAAGCAGGAGCAGCGGCCGCAGCACGAGUGCCACAUCUGCGGGCUCGGCUUCGAGAUGGGCCAGGCGCUGGGCGGACACAUGAGGCGGCACCGCGAGGAGAUGGGCGCCGCCGAGGCCGCCGACGCAUGGGUCUGGCGCAGCGUCGAACGCCUCCCGGAGGAGCUGGAACUACGCCGCGCCGCCGCCGCCGAGCCGCCCGUCUUGCUCGAGCUCUUUGCCUAGGAUUACUCAUCGCGCCUGAUGAUUUGGACUGACGCAGGACAUGUAAAUGAUGAUAUUGUUUGGUCUUUAAUUAGAUCUUUAGGAAUUGAGAACCAGCUGAUGCUGGCUUUUGUAAGUAUGCUAGGAGUUUUGGUUGAUCAUUAGUGGUUCGAUUUCAGAUGUCACAGAGCUGAUUUCAUCACAAUUCUUUGGUUCAAAUAUACAACAUAUGUUCAUCUUCUGCACUGCAAUCUGCUGUUGAAGUCAGAAAUUCCGCUC